UUGACCGCACAGAUGGAUAUUGCAGGCGUGAGAAUUUCGCAUUCUGAAGUGAUUUUCACUGCCACGGAACCUGGAAAAAUCUACCGUGCAACCCUCACCGUACAAAACAUCAGCAGCGUCUCCAAACAGGUGUUCAUCGUGCCACUGAAGAAAAAGUUAUUUAGAUUAGAUGUGAAGAACAGUAACAAAAAAAUUGCUUCUGGAGUACGAAUCUCAGCAAGUAUAGAGUAUUCUACAGAAAGAGAAGAGAAUGCAACAGAUGUAUGCACUAUAAGAAUAGAUGAUGAUGUUAUAACAGUCCCACUACGUGCGUUUACUUCUGUCUGUGAUCUUAGUAUUGAGCCAGAAGUUGAUUUUGGCACUGUUCUUGCCAAUAAUAAAAUUAUUUUCAAGGACCUACGCGUUGCAAAUCAUGGAUCUCUCUCAGGUCUCUUUGCAAUUAAUAGUCCAAAAAAUCCAUUCUUGACUAUUAUGCCGAGGAAUGGAAGGGUUCAAGCAAAAGCAGAAUUUUUGAUCAAAGUUGAACUGGUGACCCAACAGCCAAUGGUUCUUGAUGAAAUGGUCACGGUGAAGUUUGAAGGUGGUAGAGAAACGACUGUGAAAAUUAAGGGAAACAUUGUUCAGCCAGUUUUGGAACUUCUUGAUUUUUCCAGCCAGAAGCUUGAAUGUAUUCAUUUUGGCAGUACCUACUAUGGAACCUCAAAGCAGGAGCAAGUUAUUCUGUAUAACAACAGCCCCGAACCUAUUGACUGGGUGACUGUGAUGAAAAAUGACGCUGCCGGAUCUGAAGUGGGUACAGAUCUAUCCCUGAGUUCAGAGGCAGUUUUGGCAGAUAAAGCGACAACAGAAUCCAGACUAACGGCUUGUACUUCUGCAUUGAUUACAUGUCGACCUUGCCAAGGAAUUCUAAACCCUUAUAACAAAAUCAUUGUUACUCUGUGCUUCACCCCCGAGGAUUUUGCUUCUACAAAAUUUCACAAAAGAGAGGAUGAAAUACCAAAAUUCAGAGAGUAUGCUCUUUAUGUGAGAUUUGAAACUGGGCACAGCUGUGGUGUUUUUAUGCAGGAGUCAUUCAAUGGAACCAGUGAGAGAAAAGGUCAACGGCAAAUUGAGUUAGCACUUACUGGAAUAGGGGUCCCUGUGAGCUUAACCAUCAGUCCAGUGACUAACUUUGAUUUCAAGGGAUGUCUUCUUGGUGAAAAAGUGAACGUUAACAGCACUCUUCGAAAUGACUCACUUUUACUUCCACUCACCUUCCAGUUUCGUAAGAUAGCCCAUUUUCGAGUUACUCCUGCAAAGGGAGACCUUAAGCCUGGGCAGUCAAUGGAAGUUGUAAUCUGUUUUGCUGCACACCAGCUUGGCAGUUUUAAAGUAAAUCAAGUGAUAGACUUUUUUGGUUUAGUCGUACUUCCUGACAAUCCAGUAGAAUUGAAGAUGGAAUCAUUUCAUCAGAUAAAGAUCACUUUCACAGGUGUGUGCAAAUCUCCCAUGAAGAAACCAGAUGGAAAGUGUAUUCCUGGCAUAACUCCUGCUGUAACCAAAGAAACUGGACUAUUGGCUGAGAAGAAAACUGAUGAAAUCAACAGCAAUAAGCAUUUAUCUCCUGUUAUGCUGUCUACUGGGCAUCAAGGCAUUUCUUAUAGUAAGAUUAAAAAUAAAAAUUUUGAAAACAAAACGGCCUUAUCUAUUUCUGAUGGAAGCAUUCAAAGGAGUGGACUUCGUUGUAAAUCUGAAAAAUACAUCUCCUCAGAAAUGAAACACUGCACCUGGGUGGAUCCUGAAUACACUCAUAACGAAGAGGAGGUAGCAGCAAUAAAAGCACGGAAGAAGUAUUUUGAGCAAUACAUUCAAGGUCUAAGAAUAGGUCGGUUCCAAAAACAGGAUCGCAGAGAAUUUGAAGAGUUUAAUAAUGCAGUGGAUAUUGGCAUGAGACCAGCUGAAGGACUGUCUUCUCCAAAACUUUCAGUCAAAGACAUAAUUUAUGAUAAACCGGUGUUGAGUACAUGUUUUGUGGUACAACCUAUCGGAACGCACAAGCAGGAAGAGUUUGAAGUACCAUCAAAUCCUGUAAAAGAUAGUCUUAAUGCUGUCCCAGCUACCCUUCAAGAAGAGAAGGAUUGCAGUUUGACACUGACUCCUCAACAGCUCCACCAAAUAUUUAUUGGCCCAUCAAACAUCGACUUUGGAGAAGUAUGUUUACAUUCAUCCUCAACCCAGAAUUUGACUAUUGUGAACAACUUAACUACACACAUUUUAGUUGAAAUGGAUACAUGUUGUACAGAGCUGCUUGAAUCUAGUCCGUUGUCUCAGGUGAUCCCACCCAUAUCUACGAUUUACGUACCAAUGGUAUUUGAAAGUAAAAGAAUUGGAACUUUUCAGAAAUCAAUCACCUACACAAUAAAUAACAUCCAUACUGGCCUGUUAUUAGUAAAGGCAAACGUGGUUUAUGCCGCUCUUGAGUUGUCAACCAGAAAGUUGGUUUUAACCCCAAACUAUGGACUUCUGGGUGAAUCGGGUUUCAGGACAACAAUGCGACUCUAUAACAGGAGAAACAACCCUGUUCAAUUCAGCUGGUGUCCAGUAGUCGAAGAAAAAGGAAUGGCAUUCUUCAUCCGACCUGAUGGAGGCAUUGUAGAUGCAUUCAGUGAUUUAGAAUGCGAAGUAGUCUGGCAUGCAUCGUUCUUCUCCCCUGAGGAAGGUGAAUUUGAUCUUAUUGUGCAUGAUGGGAACAAGGUCAGAUUGAAAUGUAUUGCUAAGCUUGGUCGGGUUAAUGUUCGCUUUGUUGAGAACCGUGUGCUUUUUAAUUCUGCUGCUUUGAACUUAAGUGCUAUGAAGACAGCCAUCAUCAAAAAUUAUGGACAAAACCAUGCAUACUUUAAGGUCGAAAAUGUGAAUCCUGUGCCUGGGAUGACAGUAAUUCCUACUCAUGGCAUCAUACCUGUUGGAGGUUUUGUGUGUUUCAAAAUUUUCUUCCACCCAACUACAAUAUUCAAGUUUGAUACCAGACUAAGGGUAGACAUUCGCAAUUCAAAUGUGUUGAAACUACGGGUUGGAGGAUCAGUGGUACAACCAAAGGCUGAAAUUGAUCUGAAAUAUUGUGUAUUCUCUGGCAUCUACUGUGGUUCGUCUUCAAUGAUUCCAUUCACUUUAUCGAACUUAACAGAAUCACCCAUCAAGCUUGAAUUUGACUUUUCUAAGUACAAAGAUUUCUCACUGAAGUUUGAAGUAACUGAAGAUGCGUUUCAAGAUCCAUUGAAUCCUCAACUCUUUGUUGUGAAUCUAAGAGGAAAGGAAAGUACAAGGUGUGAAUUAUUCUUCAAACCUACAGAUGUAGCAGCCUAUGAUUUUAAUCUGCCAAUCAACAUUAAUGGCAAUAUAUCACCAUCUCCUCCUCCAAGUUCUAUGCCACCUGAUCCUUAUGAUGAUACGUCUACAGAUUCUUCUUCAGGGCAACUUCAAAGUGCUCCUACACCAUCUUGCAGAGUGAAAGCUACAGCACUUCAUCCACCAAUUGAACUUUCAACUACAAAGGUGGAAUUCUCCCUAAUGACAGGAUACAAUGAUUUAGGUGUUAUUGCAGCAGAAUCUUUUAUAAAGAAAAUUGAAAUACUGAAUACUUCGAGUAAAGAGGUAAAAUGGAUUUUCGAUUUAAACAGUCAACAAAACAAAGCUCUCAAUGAGGGUAUUUUCAGAAUCUAUGACUUUAAUGGGAGUCUUCAACCCAGCCAAAGACACUGCAUUACAGUUGGCUUUUGCCCACGUUGCCCAGGCAAUUAUGAGGCUGAAAUACCCAUGUUUAUUAAUGAGGAUAAGAGCAUCCCUUAUCGAGUAAUUUCUGUGAAUGGUAUCAUACAUAUCCCUAAAAUGAUUAUAGAUCCCCACUUUGUGAACCUGAACCCAGUUCCUCUAAACAGGGAGACUUCAGCAACAGUCCAAAUUACUUGUUUAAACUAUUUAAGUGACUGCAAGAUCCAAGCUGAAAUUCCAGAAGUGGAAACUAAAGAUGGGAACUGGUUAAAGCCCAUAUCCUGUGAGUUCCCUGAAGGCUCAACUUUGCUGUAUGAAAGUGGAACAAAGAAAAGUUUAACUUGCUGCAUCACCUUCUCUUCAUUCGUCCCAAUUUCGAUAAAUAUGGAUAUUAUUUUCAUUGAUCAGGAAAAGCAAAGGGUCAAGCUUUCAGUCUCUGCAUCUGCGGAUAAUUGUCUGUUGACUUUGUAUAGAUACCUAGCUCUUCACCAAGCAGACCAACAAAUUGUCCUCAAAACUGAAGAUAAUUCAAACAAUCAUCAAAGCACUGGAAAAGUUAUUCUUCAACCACAUUAUACCCCUGGAGUUUCCUUACAAAGUUCAUCUACAGUCAAAGUACUUUCUGUUACAAGUUCUUAUUCUGAAGAAUCUUCAUCAGAUACCAUUGGAAGUGGAGAUUCCAAGUUAGAAAUGACGAGUCCAGAAGAUGAUGUUGAUGGUUUAGACAGAAAGAACAAUUUAAAGGAACUAAUGUUUUCUAGUAAAGAUGUAUUCUGCCAGAAGGUUCUAACUGCUGUUCAGAUCUGGUUCAGUCUCUUCGGUUGGCCAAAUGGAAUGCAUCCUAUUUCAGUUCCAGAGUCACUGAGAAGCCAAAAGCCAUGUGGUAAAGGAAACAAAACAAUUUAUGAUUUAUUAAACCAUUUGAGUGGCCAGCAGUUGCUUGGACUGACAGCAAGCCGGUCAUUGCCUAGUCACCCUAUGGAAUGUAUGUUGCAGCUGCAUUGGCAAUAUUCAAUACUUCUCAUUUUCCUAAGAGCUCAAGGAGCUUGCCUUGCUCACGUGAAACCAGAGUUCUUAUUGGAGCCGGAACAGUUUAAACAAUGGUAUCAAUUACAGCAUUGUUUUCAGAACCCUGAAAGUGCUGACAUUUUUGAACUGGAUGAUAGCGUCUUUGAAUCAAUAAGCAAACGUUCAUGGUGCGAUGUGUUGCUUCAAAUUUACAAGGUUUUUGUUCUUUCUCGGUUGACACUGAAGGAUGUCAACAAUAUACUGGGCAGUCAAAGCAGCAUGGAAAACUUACCAAGAAUAAAUGCUGAUCCCCUUUCCAGCAAUAUAUAUUCCACUGGUGAGCGUGCCCUGUUGAUAUGGCUCAACUUUCACUAUGAAUCCAUGAAAAGUACUGUGUGGAAAUGCUGCAAGAAAGGUGGUGUCCCACCAAUACGCUGGAUAAUUAAUUUUGAUUUAGAUUUGUUGGAUGGUUUGGUGCUGGCAGCUGUCUUGGCUGCUUAUUGUCCUGAAGUGAUUCUGACUCAUCUGAUGUAUAUGUACACAUAUCCAGCUAGUCCUGAGCAAUGCCUCCAUAAUAGCCUGGUACUCCUCAAUGCAUUUAACGCUGUUGGCCUUGAUUUUGACAUACAGGCCACAGAUAUUUCAGAUCCAAAUCCUAUCAUGAUGCUUAUGCUGUGUGCUUACUUAUAUGAACGGCUUCCCAGCUACCUACCCAAGAUGACUGUUAAGUUUGUUGGUGAACUGCAUGCUACUAUUGUUAAAAAAAUUCGAUUGCAAAAUCCAAUCGACAAACGCGUGGUUUAUUUUGCAAUAAUAGUAGGAAAAGAUGCAGGAAGUUUCUCAUUGCCCAAUGGAAACAAAGUGUCAAUUUCAUCAAGGAGUUAUGUUGAUAUAAAUGUGGAAUUCACAAGCCAUUUCCUGAACCCAGAACGAGCUCUACUAAUUUUUGUAUCAAGAUUAAAGAAAGGAAUAGUGUGCUCAACAACAACAUUUUCACUAAUAUCACAAAUAAACAAGAUAAAUCCAACUGCCACUAUUAAAUGUGAAUCUCCAUGCUAUGAGCAGAAAAGCAUACAAUUGAGUAUUAUCAACCCAUUGAAUGUAAAGGGAGAUUUCAGGGUGAUUUUAAUGGAACAUCGGGAUUCUCUUUUUAAGACCGAGUACUUCGAAUGCCUUAUAGCCUUGUUUGCCAAAUUGAAGGUGCAAAGUCAAAAAAUGAAUGUAACAUUUAGUGAUUCCGCUGCUGAAUUUGAAAAUGGAAAAGAUAAUGAUUUUGAAAAUGGAAUGGACAAUCAAAGUGUGAAUCUAAAAGACACUUUACUGGAUAACUGGGUGUCAGAGUUCUUCACUAAAGUGGAAUCAUUGCAAUUGGAAGCACGUGGUUCCUCAGAUAUGGAAGUUAUUUAUCUUCCCUUUCGCACAGGGAAAUCCCACUGCACUAUUUACUUUGUCAAUGAGCAGGUCGGUGAAUUUGUGUACUGUCUCGAAGGAAUCGGUGGAAUACCAUUACCUUCCACAGGACUAGAAGUGUUUAGUUCUAGUGCAAUACGGAAUCAUUGCAUUGCUUCAGGCAAGAAGAAUGCAGCACAAGUUACUCUAUACUACAAAUGUAAUAACGCCUGUACCUUUGAUCAAUUACUAAAGAUCCCAUUGAUAAAUGAAGCCAGGGAAAAAGCUCUAGCAAUUGUAGGACAACAGCGGAUGUCACAAAUAGAAUACAAGCGCAGAAAGAUUGCCGGCACAUUGGAAAGCAGCACCGUCCGAGCUUCAGUUGCAAUUGCUGGCCUGAACCAUACUGAGACAAAAGCACUGUACUCCACUGUAAAAGAUUACAAAAGGCCAAAAAUUAUUAACUACAGUGUGGAGGUGUCCACGCCAAAACACUUUGAAAGUCCAAGUGAAAUAUCGCUUCCUAUUGCCAGAGUACACAGGAUAAAUUCCAAAUCACAUUUGAUGACUGGAAGUCUGAACUUGAUUAAAAUGGAUGAGGAAGAUUCAAUCUCUAUGCCAAUGAAAUUUGUAUCGAAAGGGCCAGGUCACUGUACUUGUCAGGUCCUAUUGAAGUCCCAAUGCGACGUCCGUUUAUACAAUAUCGUGUGCGUAGUAAAUUCUGAAGAAUACUUUGAGAGUGAGUUGGAAAUUGCUGCUUCUACCCACCAAUCUGUCACUAAAAACAUUCCUUUGCAAAAUGAGACGCAAGAAGAUUGGACAAUUCGAGCUGUUCUGGAAGGGAAGGACUUCUUCGGCCCAUCAAUGCUUCAUAUACGAGCUUGUGAAACAUCGAUGUACCCAUUAAUGUUCAAACCAGAUUUUGAAUGUGUAACCAGGGGUAAACUUGUCCUGGCAAACCUAACAGAUGGUACUGAGCGCAUCUUCAACCUCAAAGGGAUAGGCAAAAUGCCAGCAUCAAUGGAUCAUAUUGUGAUAGACUGCCAAGUAAAACAGAUUACAAAGAAGGUCAUAAUGGUUCCCAAUUACACUCAGACUAAGUUAACAUGUAAGGUUAUUUCAGACAUGUUAAUAGUGAGUGGAGAACCAUUUGUUACAUUAAAGGCCGGACAAACUGUUCCCUAUGAGAUCAAUGUUUUAUCAUGGAAGCGAGGAAACUUUACAGGUGUAAUUUCAUUUGUGGCUGAAGAUGAAACUCUUCAACAGGACCAGCUGCCUGACUGCAGUAGCUCAGUGGAAAAGCCUAGUGGUGAACAGUCAGUAACAAAUGUGACAUCAAUGACAUACGAAAUAACUGGAGAUACAAACUCUGCAAAGAAGAGUAAAUUAUAUAGAGUCUGGUUUUAUUUAGAGAUUAAUACUGUUCCAGCUCCACCUGAGCAGCGGCUUUGCGUAACCUGUGCUGUACAGGAUUCUAUUGAUGUGAAGAUUAUGAUAAGUAAUCCUGUUAAUGAACCUUUGGCACUUGACAUUAUGCUGAAUGGAGAUGGAAUUGCAGGAGACAAUUGUUUGGUACUUAAACCGAAAGAAGUUGCUGUCUAUGUGGCUAGAUUCACUCCAAGCAUUGUUGGUAAAAGUAUUGGAAGUGUUACUUUGUACUCGGCCCUCAUAGGAGAAUUUUGGUAUGAACUGGACCUUAUUGCAGUGCAGCCAACACCACUAACACUGCCAGAGCUCCAAAGCGAGCUGGGGAAAUGGGCUCGUCAGAUCAUCCCUCUCACUAAUUCUACCAUUGAAACUCUGAAAUUGGAAGUUGACAACAGUAACCCAGCAAAUUUUUCAGUAGAUAUUGAUCCUAGAAAGCCCAUAAUAGUGAAUCCUCAAUCUACAACUGAAGUGCCUGUUCAAUUCUUUCCUUCAACAUUAGGAAAAGGCAGUCAUUGUGCAAAGAUUACCUUCAAGUGUCCUCAGUUACAAAACUGGACCUUUCAUCUAUCAGGAAUAGGCUUGCUUCCCCUUAAGAUGGACCCCAUUAGUAUCAGCGCUUGUGUUAACUCUCAUGCAUCACUUAUUGUGCCUUUCAAGAACCCAACGGAUGAUCUUCUUCUGAUAGAUGUGGUGCUAACAGAUAAUAAACAAGUCACAUAUAAUCAAAGUCCUUCAGAUCUACAACAAUGUGUUAACAAACAGGCUGUUUUUUGCAUUCCCCUGAAACAAAGCAGAGAUAUAUUACUUCUGCCAAAAGGGAAAUUGGACAUUCCUUUGAUAUUUGCACCAGAUGACAUGACAUUUUAUGAGGGGCUGAUGGUGGUCCAAAUCAGGAAACAGGAUGGAAGUACUUGGCCUCCUUCUGUGCCAAAUAUAACAACUCAAGAAAUGAAAAGCUUUUGUAGAUCGGAGGGGGGUGAAAUUUCUGCUAUUCGAUGGCUGUAUCCGAUUUAUGGUAUCCCUGAAGCAUUGACAGCAACACUGUCCCCUGCUGUGAUCCAGUGCCAAGCUCGACAAAGAAUAGAAAAAACAAUAGAAAUUGUCCUGACUGGUGCAGUUCCUGGUUCUUCACAAACAGUAGCAAUGGAGACUGCAGCUACUGUUCAUACUUGUGAUCAUGAGGAGAUUCAGGAAAACAAUGGUCAGAACAUAGCUGAAUUUUUUUAUGAAAUUCUUUAUGAGACAGAGAAGGCAAGAGUUCAAAUGGAGUCUACAGUUGCAAUAAGCUUUGUGAAUAAGGAAUGGGACAUACAGACUGGUGUUGUCAUGCUGACCUUCAAUAUUGUUUUUGCACCUCCCAAACCAAUAAGCCAUCCAGCAAUGUUGAAGGUGCAAUCUGCUACAGGUGGAGUCUGGAAAUUCCCAUUGCUGUUUACUGCCACUGAGCCACAGGUAGACGACGUCAUCAAUAUUGAAACAAUUGGGCUGAAUAAAGAGUCUGUUGUUUGCUUUCGGCUUACAAGCCAAACAAGGGAUCCCAUACCAUUCACAGCACACUUCUUACCUUGCAGUGAUCCAGAAUUUGAGGUUUCACCUCAGACUGGAGAACUGCUUCCUCUUGGCUCAUCUGGGACUCUAAUUACUGUUGGAUUCACUCCACGAAUGUACAGCAAGAAAUACAAAGCUAGACUGCUCAUCCAGACUGCAGAUAUGCAAUGGAUGUACGAGAUCAAUAGUUUGGAUCCCCAGUAUAAUCCUCCUAAUGUUCAACAUGGUAAAACCAUCACAACAGGAUUCCGUCGCUGUGUUUCGGUACAACAACGCAACUUUAUUCGUGAAAAUCUCAAGGUGAAAGCAACUGCAGUGUCCUCUCCUCUUAAAGGUGCUCCUCUAGUCACAUUAAGCAAGAUAAGUAGAGCAAAGUAAAUAUAAAGUAAUUUACAUUUCAAUUGACUCUUAUUUGGCAAAUGUUUAAAUUUGGUAAGAACACUAAUUACUUUGUUCUGAUGUGCAAAUAAAAACUGAUAACUUUUAAAUGAUUUAGAUGGAAAAAUUAUCCUAUUUUCAUUAACAUCUAUAAACAUGUGUUUGUUGCAUGACUAUAUCUAAUGCAUUGUAUUUUUCCAAUAAUCCUUGUCAGUGUAACCAUGUCUAUUCAUGUCAUUUUGUUUGUACAAGAUGAAUUUUAUCUGCAUUCACAAUAUUAAAAAAAUUUUCUUUGAUCAUCCAAAUAGCUUGUCAACAACUGUAAUCUUUGGUACAUGAGUUAGAAUUAAUGUUCAUCAUUAAUAAUAAACUGAAAGAAAUAAUUAUUUGUCAGU